CCCCACCCCACAAACAACUGAUAGCUAUGGAAGACCCAAAAGCCGACCAUUCUCCGGCAGCUAACUGCUCAACUCCGGCGCCGGACACCGUCGAUGAUCCGCCACCUCAGGCUGCCGCCGAAAGUUGUGAAGAGAAGCCCGAUAAGGAAGAUCCAGACAGCUUACGUCAGCCCAAGAGAAGGAAAAACUGUCCCACGGCUUUAGAUAAAUUCGAUUCCGUAAAUUCAGCUACUAAUUUAGGGUUUUCAUUUUCCUUUGACUCGAAAUUCUCCGGUUGCUCAACUCCCGAAGUUACCCCCAAAUUCGGAUCCUUCAAUCGGGUCAAACCAAAAACCGUUUCUAGCAAAGAUCCGAAAUCCGAAGAAAGGGAGCUAAAAGAAGAUGACGAAGAUGAAGAUGAUGAAGAAAGAGAUGAUGUUAUUGAGAAGAAGAAUAAUUCUUUGGGUUUGUUGAGUUCAGUUGAUGGGAUUAAAACUGUUGAUUGAUACAGAUCGGAAUUACAGUGUGAGUUGAAGAGUUACCCUUUUGCACCGGAUCUGGCGGCGCCUCCCGUCGGAAAUUCCACGCCGGCGCCGGGAAUUGGGGGAGGUGAGGGGGGAGGGAGGUGGGUAAAUGAGGAGUGGGGUCAUCAAUUUUAGUACUAUUUGUAAACACUGAAAACAAGAGCUUUUUUGUUGUUGUAAUUUGUGUCAAUAAUAAUGAUAGGAGUAAUAAAAGCUGUUUCUUUAUGCUCUUUUUUCGUUUAA